AUGGCACCGACCAAAAAGAAGCCCACGGACAACCAGCAAGCCUGCGAUGAACAGAUUGAGGAUAUUUCAUUUGACCCAAUCUCUCAAAAGCAACAGCAGGACUAUCACGCAUCGACACCUCAAGAUGCCAAAUUGGAUCGCCGGCUCAACCUGAAGCUUGACUGCUUCAUUGUCUCGAUCCUAACAGCCGGUUUUCUGCUGCAAGCAGUAGACAAGUCGAAUAUAAGUAACGCUGCGACCACGAAGACAUUCAGCCAGGACCUACAUCUAAAGCACAAUGACGUGCCAAAUGCUGUAUCUCUCUAUGCCGCCACUUUCAUCCCAUGCAUGCCUAUCUCCGUUAUGCUGGGGAGAAUCGUGGGACCUCGUUUGUGGUUGCCGUUCAUCAUGGCAGCCUGGGGCGUGGUGACAAUCACUCAGGCUGUUAUGAAAGAUCGUGCACAGAUGAUGGCCCUCCGCUUGCUUCUGGGUGUCUUCGAAGCGGGAUAUGUUCCCACCGCCUACUACUACAUCGGCACAUUAUACCCUGCAUACCAAGCCGGAUUUCGGAUGGGAAUGUUGGCCUUGAGCUUUGCGUUCUCGGGGGCAUUUGCGGGUCUGAUUGCUUAUGGAUGCUUCCAGAUCCGGUCGACACAGUGGAAGGACUGGCAAUUGCUUUUCCUGGUCGAAGGAAGUGUCACGAUAUUCAUCGCUGCCCUGGCGCUGGCAAUGCUACCGAACAAAUUGAAAACAGCGUGGUUUUUGAAUGAGGAGGAGCGAGCACGUGCGAUCCGUCGCAUGGCGACUCAUACCGGGGCACAAGAAGACCUGGCAGAAGCCAAUGCCGAGGACCAUGAACAUCGCAUCACUAGUAAGGACAUCAUCAAUGCUCUGAAGGACUGGAAGAAAGUCCUUAUCAUUGUGUGCAACCUGUGUGCCACUACGCCUGCGUACGGCUUUGCCAUCUUCCUACCUCUUAUGGUCAAGGGUAUGGGGUAUGAAUCAAUUAAAGCGAAUUUGAUGACUGUUCCCCCGUUUAUGGUUGGUGGUAUAGGCCUCCUGACCAUUGUCUGGCUCUCGGACCGUUUCCAUGAGCGCUCCGGCUUUGCCAUUUUAUCCAUGUUGAUCUCGAUUGUGGGGUAUAUUGUCCUCAUCGCCAGUAAAAGUAACAAGCUUCGCUACGGGUUCCUACAUGUUGCGCUGAUCGGCUCGGGCACUGCAAACCCGCUUAUUGCUGCCUGGCUGACGGACAACACACCGGACCAUGCAACGCGUGCAGUCACGAUGGGUCUAUUCAAGUUAACCAAUAUAUCCGCAGUCAUUGCCGGGCAGAUCUUCAGAGAGAGCUAUGCGCCAUCCUACCGGAUCUCCGUGAUCGCUGUGUUGAUUAUCGUGUCAGUGGGAUUACUUGGAUUCGCCGCGAUUCGUGGGUUGUACAUGCUAGAGAAUCGCCGGCGAAAGAAGGAAACAGCAAAUUGGACUGCCGAGGAGUAUGAGGCGGAGAGACUUGACUCGCGCCGCAAUGGCCAUGACAAGAAGUAUUUUAUGCUUAGAUACUAG